CUAGCCGCCGUCGCCACUCCUCUUUUGUCUCCUCCCACCUCGGGUUCUUCCCCGAUCCAAUCCUCCCUCGUUUUCUUCACUGGACCAAUCCCGCAGCGCUCCUCCUCCUCCUGCACGAGCCCUGCUUGUCCCUGGCCUCCUCCUCGCUCUCUCUCUCACACACAUCUCUCUCUCUGUACUUGCCGCAGCAAGGAACCGCCGCCGCCAAGUACUUGCCGGGAGCGACGCCGCCCGGAUCUGGCCGUCUCCGCGUCGCCCGCCCGUUCCCCGCCUCUGGCAACGGCCGCCGUCCGCCGCCGUACAGCCGACCGCCAUGGCACCCUGCUCGAGCUCGUCGUCCCCUGCGCCUCAAGCUCCUCCUGCCGGAGCCGCAAGUCCCGUGCCUCUGCGUUCAGCGCCGCCGUCUGCAUCCCGCCUGAACGGAUCGAGCGAUCCUGCUCAUCCCGCGCCGUGCCAAGCUGUCGUCUCCUGCCUCGUCGCGCUCGCCAUCCCCUACUGCGGCCUCUGCUUCCCUGCUCCAAACCGAACACCUUGCCGCCCUGGCAAGCAUGGCCUCGCCUUCGCGCCUCCGACAACUGUCCUCGUCGUCGCCGGCAACCCCAGGCAACAGCCGACGCCGUGGACGCUAACCGCCAAGCCGUCGCCUUCCACCAACGCCAUGGCCUCGGAUCUAGCCGGUUCCUGCGGUCCCUCGCCCCGCCAAGUCCCUCGCCUCGUCGCCCCUUCGCCCGCUCGUCGGAGCUCUGCUCCAGGCGCCGCCCGCAGUUCCCUGCUUCGGACAGGGGAACAAGCGCACGAGCAGCGUUCGCGUUGACCGCGGCCCCGCGCCUCCUCGUUCGAUCCAGCCUCCUGGGCCGCAAGCAAGCACCAAGGCCCAGCGCCCCUUCCAGCCUCCCUCUCCAUCGAGUGGGCCUUGACCCAUGGUGAGGCCCCCCCAGCGCCCCUUUGUUAUUCUUCUAUUGGGCCUGCUCCGGUUUUAGAUUCGGCCCAGUGUAGUUUUUUUCCAUGUCUGCGAUUUAGCUAUUAUCCAGAGUAUUGCAGUUUUAUAGAAAAACCCCUCAUGUUCAUGCAUUAAUAAUUAAUUAACCGUGCAUCUUUUGUAAAUAAUUUAUAUAUGUAAAAUGUUCAGAUUUCUGUGUAGUUUCACAAUAUGCUGCUCUCAUCCAUGUUUAAGAUGUUUAAGUUGCUGUUUACAUUUAUUUUACUUAAAUAACAUGCUAAAAUGAUUUAAUUCAUAACUA